CAGGUUUCCCGCAGCAAUCUGGCUAUGGAAUGCAACCGCAGCCUCAACAAUUUCCACAGCAGCCUCAGGUUCAACAACAGCAACAGCCAUAUGGAGGCUGGCAGCAACAACAAGGACCGUCAAGUCCAUAUGGUGGCUACGGAACACCGUCGGGCUAUGGAUCGGGAUCGAUGAGCCCUCAGAUGACGGGCAUGCCAUAUUCUAAUGGUUAUGGCGGUGGUUUAGCUCAACAGUAUCCACAGCAGCAACAAUACAGUGGAUAUUCUUCACCACAGUACAGCGAUGCGAGUUAUCCAGGUUUCGGUGGACAGCAAGGAUAUGCGCAGCCCCAACCUCAACCCAACGUGUCGGAAUUUGAUCCCUUGAGGUCCCAGUCACAAGCUUCAUCAUCCAACCCGGGUCCGGGGCCCUCAGGUGAACCUCAUCCUCGAGAGUACAUCCGUACACACAAACAAGAACUCGAGAUGUGGGAUAACGUGAGCUGGAGACAAGCGCUGAACUCUUUUGACUCGCUACGUGUUGCUUGGGAGUCGCAUAAGAGUCAAGUCGGGAUGCGUCUUCAGCAGGGAGGGUAUUAUCUGGGUCCUGUUGAGGGACAAAGGCUACAAGACCUGCAAAAGCAGGCUGAUCAUAAUAUUGACACCGUUACUGCCUCGCGGGUGCAGAUGCAAGAGGUUCUCUCAGGCUAUCGUCACUCGGCGGACCUUGCAAGCAAGAACCGCGUGCGAGAGUCGCUUAAUGCCGCUUUGACGGGUCUACCAGAUUGGCCUCCGCAAAAUUGGUAGCACAAUUCCGUAUUUGCGUAUUCUCCUUCUGCCCAACUCGGUUUGUAUUCUCUGUCCUCACAAUAAUUGUACGUCAUGGUCUCGGGAAUGUUGUAUCCUUUGUUGUCUCUGUCGUAUUCGGUCGACACUCACCAACUCAAACU